CUCUCAGCUCCGGGAAGAAGAAACGCGAGGAUGUGUUGUUCGACCUGAGAUCUGAUCGCGUCUUUGGAGGAGGUGGGGAAAAAAGAAGAGGAAGACAGAAAAAAAAAAACAAAAAAAGAAGCGGAGGAUUUGAGGGCUGCGAUGUGACGCGUGCAUGCGCUCGUCUUCUGGCCGCCCGAGGAGCGCCUGCAUGCGGCAGCGAGGAGGCUCACGCACGCCGGGAAGCAUCGACCGUCGCCCCGCGUCUCCCCCGCGCCGACACCCCCGCCUGAUGCACACUUCCCCGCGGAGCAGAGCCGCACUGACGCCGGACCCAAGUCCAGGGAGCACGCAUGGAAACCGUGGACCGGAAUUUUAGGAGGAAGGACAACUAAGCAAAUCCAAAACCUUCCUUUCCCCCCCCCCUUGUCCAUCCUUUCGAUGCUGGAUUAUUUCCUAAUUCUUCAGUUGAUUUUUUCCCUUGAAGAAUAAAAUGUCUGCGGUGGUUUUGGCAUCAGCCAUUUAAAAAAAAAAAAAAAGAUCCCAACCGUCCCAGGUUCUGGACCAUGCCAGUCCGGAUCGGUCUUGGGUUGACGUCGAGGUAGCGACACAGCGCCGAUUCCCCUCCCCGGUCCAGAACCAGGCAGGGUCCACGUUUGGAGAAUACCAAGCAGCCGGGGGGCCGGGGGCGGGGGUGGGGGGGGUUGUGCAGGUCCCCCCUUUUUUACCCCCCUCUUGAGGUCCACUUGGACCAGGUUCUUGGGCAACCCCUGAGGGUCCACAAAAAGUAGGCUUUGGUCCUGUGGGGCCUCCUGUCAGGUUUUCAGGUCACUAUACACUUUGAGGGAAGUUUGACCUCGCCCCCCCAGAACCGCCGCCGCCCACGCCCCCUCCACAACGCCUUUAAUCGGAUUUCUCACCUUGGCGGCGCCCCCCCACCCAAAACCAACCAUACGAUUCCCCCCGAGCUCCCCCAAUUCCCCCGCCCCCCCAGCGCCCCCCCGCCGUUCGCCCGCCGCCGUCCGCCCCCCCUCUUCCGAGCUGGCGUGGCGACGCAAACUCACAAAUAUUUACUUCCUGUACGUGAAGCGGAAAGGGGGCCCCCCUUUCGUGGAAUGCGGCAACAUGGGCGUGUUUGACCGCGGGGUUCAGAUGCUGCUGACCACGGUGGGGGCCUUCGCCGCCUUCAGCCUGAUGACCAUCGCCGUGGGGACGGACUACUGGCUGUACUCGCGCGGCGUCUGCAAGAUCAAGAGCAGCAACGAGAACGAGACCAGCAAGAAGAACGAGGAGGUGAUGACGCACUCGGGCCUCUGGAGGACCUGCUGCCUGGAAGGUUCCUUUAAGGGCAUGUGUAAACAAAUCGAUCACUUCCCGGACGACGCCGACUACGAGGCCGACGCUUCCGAGUACUUCCUACGUGCGGUGAGGGCCUCCAGUAUCUUCCCAAUCCUCAGCGUGAUCCUGCUCUUCAUGGCGGGGCUCUGCAUCGCGGCCAGCGAGUUCUACAAGUCCCGCCACAACAUCAUCCUCAGCGCCGGCAUCCUCUUCGUCUCCGCAGGCUUGAGCAACAUCAUCGGCAUCAUCGUCUACAUAUCCGCCAACGCCGGGGACCCUUCCAAGAGCGACUCCAAGAAGAACAGCUACUCCUACGGCUGGUCCUUCUACUUCGGCGCCCUCUCCUUCAUCAUGGCCGAAAUGGUGGGCGUGCUGGCCGUGCACAUGUUCAUCGACCGCCACCGGGAGCUGCGCGUGGGGGUCCGGGCGGCCGACUACCUCCAAGGCUCGGCCAUCACGCGCAUCCCCAGCUACCGCUACCGCUACCGCCGCCGCUCGCGCUCCUCCUCCCGCUCCACCGACCCCUCGCACUCCCGCGAGGCCUCGCCGGUGGGCCUGAAGGCCUUCGGGACCCUGCCCUCCACGGAGCUCUCCAUGUACACGCUCCCCAAAGGCCAAACGGGCACGCCCACCGCCACCUAUAACUCCACAGAGAGGGACCACAACUUCCUGCAGGUCCACAACUGCAUCCAGAAGGACCUGAAGGACUCGGGCAACGCCGCCAACCGCCGCACCACGCCCGUAUGAAACUGACCAAACCUGAGACGCUUGAAAAAUGAGGUGGUCCGAGCGGGGACUUUGAGGAGGGGGGGACGGACGGUUCGUAUCUUGAGGGCUCGAAGGCGAAAUGGGGAGCUUCUUUUUCAAAAGGGGGGACAAAAAAAAUGCAUGAUUUUGCCAUCUAGCUUUAUUUAACAAUUCGGAAAGAGUCAGGGGGUCCUGUAGAGGUGGUCUGUGGAGCGCCGGGCCGGGUUGGUCUUACCCCCCCACUCCCCCACCCCCACUCCCACCGUCCAAUCAAAAACAAUCAACUUUAUAUUUUUUACUCUUCCUCGGCCUCCCAAGACCCCGCCCCUUUUCGUCUCUUUCCGUUGCCGUAUCUUCCCUUACUUUUCUUCUAUCCUUUACAUAAAUACUGUGAAGCAUCGCGGCGUUAAAGAGUCAUAGCAGGGAGCACUUUCCGGCCGCAAACAAGUAAAAAAAAAAAAAAAAAAAGACAAAAAAACGAGAAGAAAAAAAAGAAAGCAACUAUGUAUUGAUUCUAUAUAAACAUAUGAGUAUACCUGUUCAUACACCACGACUAGGCCGGCGCAAAGACCGAGGGGAAAAUACAUCAAAGUAGCUUUAAGAGAUAGAAAGUCGUCACGGAUACUAAACCCGGACAAGUGUCGAGGAUCGGGCUAAUGGUUCGUAACAGAGAUGUCCGAUAACAUCGGCCGAUAAAUGCUUUAAAAUGUAAUAUCGGAAAUUAUACUUGCCAACCCUCCCGAUUUUCCCGAGAAACUCCCCAGACAACAAUAUUUGGAGUAUUGCCUUAACCUCUUAAGACCCAAGCUGUUUGUUUACAUCAGGGGUCCCCAAACUUUUUGACAUCGGGUUAAAAAAAAUCUAGCCGGGGGCCGGGCUGUAAAAUAUAUAUCAGGUCGGGAAAUAACACAGGCUAUUUCAUCCCUACAAGCCUGUUUCACGGGUUUCCCUGCUCUUCAGGGGAUUUUAUAAUAACAUAGGCUCCAGAAAGGGAUAAGCGGUAGAAAAUAGAUGCAUGUAUAAUAAAAUCCUCUGAAGAGCAGGGAAACCUGCGAAAAAGGGGAUUUUAUGAUAGAAUAUAAAAAAAAAAUCCCCUGAAGAGCAGGGAAACCUGCAAAACAGGCUUGUAGGGAUGAAAUAGCCUCU